AGCAUACACAGACCACAACAGUAGGGAAAAAAAGAAGAAAAAAGUUUGCUAAUUAUUUCAAAAGAAGAUGAUAUUGGGGAAGAUGGGACGACGUCCUUCAAUGAAUAGGACGACAAGCAUGACAGGGAUAGCCGUUGAUGUAGUGAACGCCGGAGAACCAGAACCGUCUGAUGUUGUUGAUGAGUUUAAAGUCAAUGGAUACGAUCAUAACAAUCAAAAUUCCAUAGCCAUAGUCUUGCCGAAAUACCACCAGAGAAGUUCAAGUGUAGGUUUUCAGAUAGAAGAGACGGCUCAUUUCUUGAAAACCUGUGGCCUUUGUAAUCGUCGUUUAGCACCUGGUCGAGAUAUCUACAUGUACAGGGGAGAUACUGCAUUUUGUAGUAUGGAGUGUAGGGAACAACAAAUGAAAAAAGACGAAAGAAAGGAGAAAUUAAAGCUUAUCCUUUCAAAGAAGACUGAAAACCAUCACAACCACUCAGAAUUGCAUUCUGCUAACUCUGAAACUUCUGGCAAGAGUGAAAGUAUUGCAGCGGCCUGAAGGAAAAAGAAAUAUAGUUAAUUAAAGAAGAAAAAAAGGAGAAGAGAACCACGUGUAUUAACUUACUAUAUAUUAGCCUAAAUAAUUUUUAUAGUAUCAGUAUAAUUCAAAAUGCGAGGAUCAUAUUUAAUUA